AUGAAGAGUCUGGGCAUAGCGAGCUCCUUCAUGCACGCUGCUGAGGCACUGCAUGGGGAUCUCGGCGACAUCAGGAAGAACGAUGCGAUCAUGUUCAUAUCCUACUCGGGCAAAACAGCAGAGCUCAUGGCCCUCCUCGAGCACAUACCCUCCCACACCCCCAUCCUCGCCAUCACAUCGCAUACGAAACCCUCAGACUGUCCGAUCCUUGACGACCGGCCGAACUCCAUACUGCUGCCUGCGCCCAUACACGAGCUGGAGGAGGUCUCAUUUGGAGUCUGCGCACCGACGACUAGCACCACUGUCACCAUUGCUGUGGGCGAUAUGCUGGCGUUGACCGUCGCAGAGGCCCUACAUCAAGAUGAGACGAAGGCGGUGUUUAGGACGAAUCACCCUGGCGGUGCGAUUGGUGCGAAGUCGAGACGGAUACAGAAGGAGGAUGAUACCCAGGUGGAAGCGAAGGAGUGCGAUGGGCUGGUUACGCCGCCGGCUACCUGA